UUUUGGCAAAUAAACAAAAAAAAUACCUAAUUUUUUUCAAGUACAUUUACAUUGUUUGUGGUUAAAAAUGAUAUGAACUUAUAUAUUUUUUAAGAAACAAAAAGAUAAUCUGAAACCAACAGGUGUGGCUGUGCUCCCACUUCCACCUACAGAGCACCAUACUGUCCUCCGCUCCCUUCUCAUGAUGACAGGGAGCCCACAGGCAUCUACCUGUCCUCAUUUGGGACCUGCUGAUUGGUUAUCAUGACGUUUAAUCUACAAUGCUCGGGUUGUUCUGAUCCCAGAGGAGUCCAGAACCAUCAGCGGUUGUAACUUUCUUUAAGAUUGACACUUACUGUGGAUAAGAUGUGGAUUUUCUUGUCAACAGUUGCUUUCUUUUCUGUUGUACAGAGAUAUAAUGGCAUGGCUUCAGGAUGUCAAAUAGACUCAGUGACCUCUCCCUCUGCAUCCACUCUCAACGUCAAAUGGAGCAGCUACCCCGGAGCCACAGUUUAUGUCCUAGAUUUGAGGGUUGUGAACUCCACCACUAUUGCCCCAGUGAUGCUGAUGCAGACGGCGUCCAGCACGGAGAGGCUGGUGCAAGGUUUAAGACCUGGAACUUUAUACGAGGUUACACUGAAAGCUUAUCAGAUUCUGUAUAAUCCUGCGUGCACGGUGACUGUGAGGGCAACAACCGUUCCUGGGACGUCUCAGAUCACGUUGGCCAAAGCGAUAAACAGCUCGUCUUUACAGUUUGAGUGGUCUCUAGUCACCGGAGCGGACAGAUAUAUCUUAGUUUUGGAAGAGAUGAACAGCGACCCCCUGAAAAGCUUUAAUUGGACGUUCACAUCUUUGAGUGAACAAGUGUCUGGUCUGUCUCCUGCGACACGUUACGCCUGUUAUAUUUACACUGAAAACAGUGCAGGAAGAGGGGCCAAAAGUGGCAUCAGGACCACUGUGACGCUGGUGCAGCCACCAACAGGUUUGACAGUUACCACCAAGACGGCCAGCUCUGUUCAAGUUCAGUGGAACCCCGUGAACAAAGUCUUACAGUAUCUGGUGGUUGUGAGAGACUCCAACAACCCCAACUCCCCGGACAUCAAAAACAUCUCAUCCACAUCUGCAGAAUUCAGCAGUCUGAAGCCCUGCUCCACGUACACAGUGGAGGUGUCAUCAUACAACAUCUUCUUAGUACCUGGAGAGCCGUCUAUUGUUACAUACACGACCUCCUCCAUCAACACAGUAACCACCACCUCUGCGUCCUACACCUGCUCCAACGGGUCCGUCACCGUUUCCUGGGAUGGCGUGUUUGGGGCCAGCCUGUACAGGGCCACAGCGGUUGACGGCACAGGAGCCUCCCUGAACUGUACAUCAGCUUCCACCAGCUGCCAGAUCAGCAUGCUCACAUGUGGAGAGCGGUACCAGGUCCGAGUCACGGCCAUCUCUGGCAGCUGUGAGAGCACCUCCAACGCGUCGGCCGCGUUUGAGACCGUGCCCUGUGCUCCGGCUAACCCUCAGACGGCACACGUGUGCUUGUCUGACAUGAUCACCUUCAGCUGGCAGCCCACCAACAACACCAUCUACUACGAGGCGACGGCUACGGACAGCACGGGCAAAGUGACUCCAUGCAGGACCUUGGACACCACUUGUUUCUUCACCAACAUUGGCUGUGGUCAGCGUUACACGUACACUGUCCGUGCAGUGAGCUUUGAGUGCAACAGUCAACCCAGCCAGCCAAAGGUCAUGCAAUCCUCUCCCUGUGAGCCGACAAACGUCAAGUCAGUCGCCGCCUGCGACUCUGGGACGCUCAUCACAACCUGGGAACCUUCUGCAGGAGCUCUGUCCUACAGCGUGGAAGCCAUGGGGAACAACGGAGAACAAUACAAAUGCUCCUCCACAAACGACAGCUGUGCAAUAACCGGUGUGCCGUGUGGCGAGUUUCUCAGCGUGUGGAUCGUUGCCUCCAACGACAACUGCUCCACCGGCAACGUAUUGGGCCCAGCUGCACAGACAAAUCCAUGUGUCCCCACCAACGUCAAGGUGUCAGAAACAUGCAGCCCCGAUGCGGCAACAGUCAACUGGCUGGCGAGCACUGGAGCCAUUUUCUAUUACGCCACUGCUCACGAUGCAAACGGAAACACACAUGAGUGCUUCUCACUGGCAACCAGCUGUUCGAUCAGUGGAUUAAAAUGUGCGCAGAAUUACACAGCCAGCGUUAGUGGAAACAAUUUUUAUUGCAACAGCACACAAAGUCAGGCGGUCGCUUUUACAACAGGACCGUGUCCUCCAGCCAACGUGAAGGCCUUCCCAGACUGUGAUACCAAUCACGCCGUGGUGAACUGGCAGAACAACCAAACAUCAGGCCAUCACACGGCAAUGAUAGAGGACGGGAGCGGAGCCAAGCUCACCUGCACCAGUGACACGCUGAACUGCAGCAUCAGCCCUUUGCCCUGUGGGAAAACACUCAACGUCACCGUGACCUACACUGACGGAAACUGCUCGUCCACAUCUACACCUGUCAGCAUGGACUCAGUUCCUUGCGCUCCAGUGGAUGUGAAGGUCAGUGUGAACUGCAGCACUGAAGAUCUGACCAUCAGCUGGAGCAGUUCAUCUCCUGCAGAGAAAUACUCGGCCGUCAUCUCUGGAGGAACAGACCAGCCUCGGUACUGUAACUCCACAGACACCUACUGCACUUUGGGAGGGUUGAGGUGUGGAAGCCUCUACAAUGUGAGCGUUUCCUCCUUCAAUGGGACGUGCUUAAGUCCGCCGAGUUCAGAGGUCACAGUGCAAACAACUCCAUGUCCUCCCACCAACGUCUCAGCCGUGUACACCUGUUCUCCUAAUCCUGUUGCUGUGUCAUGGGUCGCCUCUGGAAACGCCAAACAAUAUACGGCGGUAGCUUUAAGCCAACAAGGUCACAAGUCCGAGUGCACGACCAACCAAACGUCGUGCAGUCUGCCUGGACUCCAGUGUGGGGAGAAAUACUCUAUUCGUGUUUCAGGAGCAAAUGACAUCUGUUCAAGUCAAGAGAGCAACUCUGUCUCCCUUCUCACAGAGCCAUGCCCUCCCACUAAUGUGACCAGCCAGCUGAUCAAUGGAGCUGCUCAGGUGACCUGGAGCGCUGGUGCCAACGCCGCCAGCUACAAUGUCAAAGCCACGAGCUACAGUCACAGCACCACCUGCAGCAGCUCCACCUCCAACUGCACGCUCAGUGACCUGGUCUGCGGCCAGGAUUAUGACAUUCAGGUUUCUGCCACUGAUGGGAAAUGUGCUAGCAACUACAGCGCCCCCUUUGUGCAAAGUCGAGUGCCGUGCUCAUCUUGGAAUUUCACCACAGACCUGAAAUGUGACACCAAUGAUCUCUUAGCAAGCUGGAACGCUUCUUUUGCACAGCUCAACUACAGUGUCACCGCUGCACCAAUGGAUGGUAACAUCCCUACAGUCACCUGCUAUACCAACAAUGCCAGCUGUCUUCUUAGUGGCCUUCAGUGUGGACACUCUUACAACGUCUCUCUCAAAGUUGACUCUGAUACCUUCAGUGGACCCCAGAGCCCUUCACAGAUAGUUAAGACAGCUCCAUGUCCUCCUGCCAUCCAGAGUAGGACAGUAUUCUGUAGCAACAGUUCCUCUCUAGUGUCCUGGACUCCAAUGUCUGAAGCCACAGGUUACACCGUGAAGGCUAAAUCCACUAAAGGACACCUGGUUUCCUGUACCAGCACCACAAAUUCAUGCACUCUUACAAAUCUCACAUGCAGUGAGACCUACAUGGCCACGGUCACAGCCCACGGAUACAAGUGUGACAGUCCACCCGGCCCAAGCACCAACAUUACCACCAGUGAGAGCGACAGUGAAAUCCUUUGCAUGACUUCAGCAAAGCAGCAUAACUGA